ACUAUGUUCUCGGCCUUAUGCUUUUCAUCUCAGCGAGCUGCGCCACCUUGGAAUGUAUGUUUAGUUUGUGUUUAUCAAAACAUCCUUUGCUUCGACAGAUGCGUUUUUUGUUGAUAUUGAUUGUGUUUGGAAGUGUACCAAAACAAACCUGGAAGGAACGAAAAAGCAAUGUCCUUAUUACCGAUCGUUGAUCAGCGAUGCCGCAUCUGCUCCAAAAGUUCUACAAAAACCGAUUCACUCAAUGAAACCGUAAAUGGGAGAACACUGACUGAAAUGUUACGUUAUUGUGUCACGAUAGAGGUUUCUGAAGGUGAUAACCUACCAUUCCAAUGUUGUGUAGAUUGCAAGUUCGAUCUUAUUGUAGCGUAUAACUUGGUGAUACGUUGCAAGGAAUCUGAUGCUUUGUUUCGAAGUCAGCUUAUCGAUAGUAAAGAUGCUUUGCGACUUCUAUCAUAUGAGUCUAACAAUGCGAUAAAUGUCACUCAAUCCAAAACAGAGUUCAAAACGGAAAAUGAAUGUGUAUUUGUAGAACCGAUAUGCGAUCUGUAUGUAUCAAAUGAUGAACAAUCGAACAUGUUGACACAUGAGAAAAGCGGAAGUUCAUCGAGUUCUAAUAACGAUGAUGACGCUAAUGACUAUAAUGAAAUUGACGGAGGAUGUAUGCAAGUGAAUGAUAGGGAAGACGAUAAUGAGACAAAACGAGAAAACCUUGCGGACCAAAUUGUAUACGAGAGAAAACGAAGUAGGUAUGCGAAAGAGAAAUCCUCGUCUUCUCCCAAACGAUGCUGCAAAUGUAAGACUCGAUUCGAAAGUAUAGAGCAGGCUGAGCAUCAUUCUAAAAUGCAUAUAGAGUCAAGAAUUACCGACAAGCAAAUCAUUACAGCCAAACCAUUUGAAUGUUCAGUUUGCUUUAAACGGUAUACCAAGAAGCAUACCCUACUCCAUCAUCAACGAGAAAUGUACAUCGAAAAACAAUUCCAAUGCGAUGAAUGUGAUAAAGAUUUUCUCACAGAAUCUCAAUUAGCGGAUCACAAAGAAUCCCAUGAUGAAGAUAACAUUGGCAGAAAGAAACAACUCACAAAAUGCUGUGCUUGUCACCAACAGUUCGAGUCCGAAGAAUUGUUGAGAAAACAUGCUGACGAAAUCCAUCCUCCAGAAAGUCAAUCUUCAACAAACGAUAAUGAAAAAAAAUUCAUUUGUGACAUUUGUCACCGCAGAUACAAAACUAAACGGACAUUGUUGGAUCACAAAUCAUUACCAUAUCGUACCAAGCAGAACAUGUGUAGUCAAUGUGGAAUGGUAUUUCGUGAAAAACGCACUCUCAUUGAUCACGAACGUUGUCACCAGGCAGAACGUCCGUUGAUAUGUCCGAUUUGCUCGAAAACAUAUGCCAUGAAAGACUCAUACAGAAAACAUGUGAAGUGGCAUUCGAUUGAAAAGGAUCGUUUUAAAUGUGAAAUUUGUAGCAAAGGGUUCAAGAGAAACACGGACCUAAGAAGUCACUAUAUUACACAUAACUCGGAUUAUCGACCGAUGAGCUGCAGUUUCUGUUCAGCGAAAUUCGCGAGAAACACAUCUCUCAAAUUACAUAUGAGGUUGCAUACUGGCGAAAAACCAUUCAAGUGCAAUAUGUGUGAUGCAAGCUUUGCGUGUUCGAGCAAUCUCAAACAACACAUUAUGGCACACGAGGGCAUUAAACCGUACGCCUGUCACAUAUGCGGGAAGAGAUAUCCAAGACAGGACUAUCUGCGUAGACAUUUAGCAACGCAUAAUGCAAACAAUUGAGCAAAAAAUACUACUGCCGUGCCAAUAAAGCAAUUUUCCAUCUCAUUUUUUUAAUUUAAAUAUAC